AUGUUUAAAUUUGUAGAAUACAAAAACUUUGAAUAAUUUCAUCAAUUCUUAAAUUCACAUCCUUAAGUCACAUAUCAAGAAAUUAUUAAACAUCCGCUAUAAGAAUAUUAAUUCGAAAAUGAAUUUGUUAAUCCGAUAAUUGUCAAGCAAUCUGUUAAGUUACCCUUUCAAGAAUAUAUCAACAUUAUGCAUUGCUCAAACAGAUUCGUAUACCUGGGCAGUCAGAAAAGAGUCUAAGUUUUUGAUCUCAGGAGUGAAAUUAAAUUGAUUCAGAAGCUCGAUAUAUAAAAUUCACUUGUGAUCUAAGAAACUGAAGAUUGUCUCUUUAUUGGAUAGCUAGAACAUAUUUUAUUAAUUGAAAUCUCAAAGGAUUUUUCAAUUAUUGGAACCCAUAAAUUAGGAUAAGUUUAAGUUCCUUUUUCAUUUCUCAGAGUGAUACAUGAAUCUUAAAAACUUUUAGAUUGGUAUGAAAUUGUGAUAGCUGACCUCAAGGGCAAUUCCACUAAAAUCAAAUGUAACAUCUUUAAGCUCUUCAAUAAAAGAAAUGUACAAUUUUCAACCCAAGAGAUAACUUCAAAUGGGUAAAUUAUAGAUUAAAAAGAAAAAAAUUUUGUCUCUCCAGGAUUCAGCAUUCUUUAUGAAUUGCUAGUUAUGCAAGGUAGUAAUGAAAAUUAUGCAUUCCUAUUAUAUCAAAUGCACAAUCGAAUUUCAAUUAUUAGAGUUAACAAAAUUAACAAAGAAGCACCUAUUUAAUUGUAUAAUUUGUAGAAUGAUCAAUUAGAUGCUGGAUGGGCAUGUCUAUCGACUUGUUAGGAUAGCAACAGUUAAAUUAGAAAUUCCUUCUGUUGUAGCUAUGGCAAUGUCAUCCAUUUAUUUAUGUACGAAAUUUAGGGAGGUGCAAUCACAGUUGAUGAAAUCGGAGUUAAACAAUUGGAAACUGAUAAAAAAAUAAAUGGAUUGGAAUGCUGCGAUUCUGAUAUAUUUGUGGUUUUAUUUGAUGAUGGGUUUGCUUUAGUGCAUGCAACUGAAUUCAAGAAAUGCGAAAAUAAGUUGAACUAUUUCAAUCAAUCUUUGAAAAUCAAAAAAUUCAAUGGCCAUUUUAUGUUAGGCUUAACUGAAGACACAUUUGAAUUCUUGUCUCUCUAAGAUUGUAGAACCUUAUUAUAAAAUCAAGCUGAUCAAUUAGAAUUUAGGAAGGCUAUGCAAAAUGCCAUUAGGAUUAUGAAUGGAGAUUUGUUACUGAUCAAAGUUGCACCUUCAGAUUAAUUAUCAGAAUUACUCUAGAAAUUAGCAUUUACUGAAUGCUUGUUUUUGGGUAAAUAGCAAAACUUAACAGUUUAAUCUUUAUCUGAGAUUGUUAAGUUUUUAAUCAAAGCCAAAUUAGAACAUUAUUUAUUCACAAUCAUUAGUGAUGUUGCUUCUGAUUUAGGAUGCAAAGAAGUAUUUUUAUAGACAAUUGAAAGUUUACUUCGAUAGCAUUAAAUUCCUUAUAUACCAGAUUAGUAAUUAUAUGAAUUAUGCAAAAUGUAUUAAAAUUAACAAAAUGUUGAGAUGGUACAUCAUUUAGUUUGCUCAACUGAUUUUAGUAGAAUAUCAAGUGCUAUAUUAAUUUCUUGCUGUGAAUAGAUGAAAAUGUAUAAUGAAAUGAUCUACGUUUGUUAAAUAUCCCAAGAUUUCGUCACUCCACUUGUUAAAUUGUUUGGAGGUGAAAAAUUAUAAAAUGAAUGCCAGAAAUAUAUAUUGAGUAUAUUGGAAGGCAGGUCUUUUGAAGGAAAGAAUUUGACUGAUGAAGAAUUUGCUAAUGCUUUACGUAGUUUGAUUUAGUUUCUUUUUGUGAGCGAAAAUUUAUUAAAAUUUAUUAAUAAAGAUCCAAAAGAAGCAUUUGAUAUAAUAUAUUAAUUUUAUAUUGGCAAAGCAUAAGCUUGUAUUGAGGAUAGUAGAGCAGAGAUUGUAUUAAAAGUACAGGUAGAUGAGACUGAAGGUUUUCUUUUUGAUUUUGACGAAAUUAAUGUACGAAGCUCUGUUCAUAGAAAAAUGUAUUUAUCAGUUAGAAAAUUAGAGUUUAAUAAAUCAGAUAUUUGGAUAUCUUAUUUAACAGCCAAACUAUUAAUACAAAAGUUUCCUUUUUCAUCUUAAGUGGCAUAUGACACAAUCUAUACGUUAUGUAGGAACUACGAGUUUUUAUUAUCAUUAAAUAAUGAUGUAUUAUUAGUUAAUCAAUUUAUCAUCCGAGUCAUGAUGUCAAAAAAACUUACAGAAAGGCAAUUGUCAGAUUUAGAGUUUUCAGCUUCAAUUGUCAAGAAAUUUUCUCUGGCUUUAGUGUUUAUAUAUUCUCAAUAAUAACAAUAUCAAAAAGCAUUUGAGGCUUUUAAAAAUGUUAACUCUUAAAUCAGAGAACUUAUAUUUCCAUGGAUUUAAUAAUUGGUUGAAUUAAGGCCAAUGAUUUUGAAUUAACAAAAUGAUGAUUUUAUUCUAGAAAUUUUGAAGUAUUUAAUUACAAUAGAUGAAUAGUAAACAUAUAAGUUAAUUGAAAAGUAUUUUCAUUAGAAACACUUUUAAAUUUUGACUUGUUUUUAAAAAGAUUUUGAAGAUUAAAAAUACUUUGCUAAUUUUAUAUCCUACUUAUUUUAAUCUUAAAAAGUGUUUUUAAUUAAUGAUUAAACCAAAAUACUCUAUCUUAAAAGGUUAUGUGAAACUUAACCUAAAUAAGUGUUGUAGGCUAUUAAAAGUAUGAGUUUUCCAUUGGAUGAAGCUUUGAAAUUGACAAAGGAAUUCAAAAUCAAUUAGGCAGCUGCUUAUAUCCAUUAAAUUAGUGGAUCUAUAAAAUAAGCUUUGGAUAUAUAUAUCAAUUCAUUUUUAAAGAAAAUCAAAAAAUCAAUAGUUUUGUUAAUGAAAAAAUAAACUCUAGAUAGUAUUUGCACAGAAAAAUUGAAAUACAAAUUAGAAACAAUUAUUUAAUUAAUCUUAGAAGAUUUAAAAUAAAAUUAAAAUAUCUAUGAUGAUGAUUAGAAUUUAUGGAUGUAUUUCGUAGAUUUAUACAUAAAUUAAAAUAAAAUAAGAACAUUCAUCAUGCCAAAUAUCCCUUAAAGUGUAAAAGAUCUAUUAAGCCUUUAUUUAAGUGAAUACUUAGCAAGAAUUAGCGAUAGAGUCCAAGUUUCAUAAAUAUUUGAUCUAUUAAAUCAAAAAUAUCCUGAAUUGCCAGUAUCUGUUUUCAGAUAAACUAUUUAUAGAGUUGUGAGUAAGUUUCAUGAUGAUUUAAGAACACUAAAAGAAACCUCAUUAAUUUAGAGUAAUGAGAAAUAUCAGAUCAUAUAAUAGUUGAAAGAGAUUAAUUAAAGUGCAUGGAUCUGCAAUCAUAUUUGCCAAAGAUGUUAGAACCACAUAGUCGACUCUGAACUUGCUAUUGCUUUUACCUGUUCACAUGUUUUCCAUGACUAUUGUGUCUUAAAAGGCAUAUUCAAAAUACCAUUUUGUGAUACAUGUUAAACUGAAACUUCUUAUAAAAUUUAAAAGGAGAGAAUUUUGAAAUAAUACUAAGUUUAAUAAUCAAUUUCUGAGUCUAAAUUCCUUUAAUAAAUGUCUGUCAAUAAAAUUACAGUGAUAUCAAAUCAACAACAAUAGAUGUAAACGAGGAAGGAUAAAAAAUAAUUGAUUAAGAAAUUUGAUUUUGAGUUAUAGUAAAAGUAUGAUUAUUCUUGGGCUUGA